AUGUUUCCAGUUUUGCACCAGAAUCGCGCUGCACAGAGUGAAAAAACGUCUUUUGCAGAAGAAAUACAAUUUGCGGAUAUCGAGUCUCAAGCAACCAAUCGCUCUAGAAGUUCUUCGACGGAAACCGUGGUCUUUCAGGGAUUCAAUCGAAACACUGAAGUGAUCCAAAUAGACUUGGAUGACUCGUUAGAUGGCUCAUUGGAUGAUCAAGAAGCCGAAGAAUUCCUUUUCCGACGACAGGAGAAAAGCUUUGCUCACACGCAACAAGUUCGUUGGAAUGAGAGACUGAAUUGGGUGAAGAGUUGGGCUGCAAAUUCUACACAUUGGAAUAGCCAACCUGAUCCGAUUGAUAGAGAAUUGAUGGACGACGAAUAUUUUGACCCGAGAAAAUCACAUAAAGACAUGCAGCAUUUUAUGCAAGGGAGUCAAGAAUAUCCCAAACAAAUCCCUGAUGCUACAGGAAAUCUACCGCAAAAGCCUAUGGCAGGACAACAACAGCCACUUCCAGUUGUUAAUCCAACGAUCAACACUCAGCCUGGACAGCUGCGAAUGAAUCAACGGAUUCAGCAUGUACCCGAAGUUCAUCCAGCUCAAACCAUGCCACAAGGAAUGCCGCUAUGGAAACACGGACCAUUUUCACCACUCUGGACUCAAAGCCUGAGACCACAACAUUCAUGUCUUCCACAGCGUCCGAAUGUUCCUUUUACUCCAGCGCCGCAAACUCUACCAUUGAGUUUUCAUGGAAAUGCUGAAGCAAGACCCAGAACGCUUGCUCCUUCGCAUCACCCAUCAGUUUUAUUCGUUCCAACAUUGGAAGCUCAUCAGAACAUGGGGCAAUUCCCAACACCUGCAAAUGCCCAACAAGUGACUACAAUGCCAAUGUAUAGAGAUUCUGUGAUCCAACCGAGCCAACAGAUUCAUCCGGGAGUUUUGCAAUUGAGAAAUGUUAUAAAUGUGCCAGAGAUCACGCAGAAACUCACAACUUCAGCUAUAAAGCCCAAACAGCAAGACCAACAAAGCCAGGCAAAUUUGAAGAUGCAAGAAGGAUCUUCUGUGCCAAAGCUGCCCAAGUUCAUGUCAUUAGCACAAAUGGCAGAAAUGUUGCCCAGAAAGGCACAGAGAAAGAUACAGUCCACAGCAGCAAGCGCCUAUUAUGUGCCUUUGCGCGAUACAAUUGGUGGAACAUCUGUGACUUUAAAUCCUGCUCUUCCUGCUCAGCAGCAGACGCAGAAUUUGCCAAUUGCAGCAGCUCCUUCCAAUCUGGGCUUGAAAGUAAGCAAUACGCCUUUGAAUGUAACAACGCGACCACAGAAUGUACAAGCUUUUCCUGUGAUUUCCUCGAUGCGGAAUAGCAGUGCCAUUCCUGAGGAAAUAAUUCCACAUCAACCUGAUCCAACCACUCCAUUCGAGAUGACGGCGGAAUCUAUGAAUUUGUACACUACGAUAAUUAAUAACAAACACCCAGACACCCAAAUUGCGUAUGAAACUGUAGUUUCUUCAAAAUAUGCAGACUUGGAAGUAAAUUCGCCACACACUCAAAAUCAGUUUUGUGUCCAAUUCAUCGAAACCACUCAUACAAAUCACAAUCUUCUGGCGCAACCAUCUGGAAGUAAUUCUCUGCAAGUCUCCCAAGGAUCGACUAUUGUCACUGAGAAACAACAGGAAGACUCUCAUUCAUCACCGAUUCCCAUAAAUGUGCUCAGAAAAAUGAGGCGAACGAUGAAAUUCUGCUUGACGUGCCAGGAAUAUUGCUAUUUUGUUUGCAGUGAUUGCCUCAGUGCAGUUUAUUGUAGUCUCGAAUGCGCGGAAAAGGAUCCCGACCCGCAUGCGUGUGAUCCCAGCCAGCUUAUUCUCUUUGAUGAAUAUCUAUGAACUAUUUUCAAAGAGUAUUAAUAUUUUGUUAAAUAUUUAAAUGAAUUUUUUUUUAAAUAAAAAUCGAGAAAAUCUGUUGUAUAUUAAUGCUGAAAUUCUAUAGUUUAACUCACAACAAGUGAAAUAGAUCCCCAAUUUUGGCUCUAUUUUCCGGUUUUAAGAAAAAUCAAGGGAAAAAUAUACAAAUCGUUAUUUAGAGUACACUUUUAUAAAAUACUAUUAUAAAUAACCUCCAUCUCUUACGAUGUCGCUUACUCAUGCGCUCUUAGCCAGAAGAUGUUUUAAUGAGACACAAAUGGUCCAUUAGUAGCUAUUAUUUAAUUUUCCCCAUUGUAGCGUACACUUUUAGAAAGAAACAUCAAAUGCCGAGUCCAUGCCUGAUCAUAUAAGAGAGGUUGCGUCUUAGGAAAAAGAUCAUAAGAGAAAUUGCGUCUUAGAAAAAAGAUCAUAUUAUAAGAGAAUGUAAGAUCAUAUCAAGAGAAAUCAUGUCUUCAUAAAAAACGCAUAGUUGAUAAAGUGCUAUUGCCACCAAAGCACACUUCGAGGAGAUAUCACAUCCUACGAAAUUAAGUAUUGAUGCCUCACGAAUAUGAUGAUUUAUGGAGCGAGAAAGACUGACAAAGUGAAAACUAGUAGAUAAGGGAAGAUUGGGUUGGAUCGUGCAAUAGUAGCAUUUAAAAAUAGUUCAUGACAGUGACCCA